AUGGGUGGAAAACCAAAGCCAGUAACGUGCUUCGUUGAGACUACACCACAAUCGUACGAAUCCAAUGGAUUUGUUCCCACUAAAUACCACAAAGGCGGCAGGGCUGAGGCAGCCAAGGCCCACAAAUCAGCGUCUUCUCGACACAGCAGAAGCACCUCACAUACCAGGACUAGUCCAUAUCCCACGCAAUUCGAUUCCUCGCAUUCGAACUCGCAAGACCGUUUUUCUGGAUCGUCCUACCCGACCACCAGUUCGUUUUUUCCAACUCCUUCGUCCGGUGAUGGAACCUCCCACGUCUCACCCGGCAUUUCGCGCUCGUCCCGGAGGCCGCUAUCCCGACCUUCAGCCACUUCUAUUCCAUCUGGCUAUGCUUCUGCAAACCACCCAACGUCGCAUCAGGUCCAGUCCUAUGGUCAUUCAGCAACGUCAUACACUUCCCAAGAAUACAGCUCACUGCUAGCACAACAACUACCAUCCGGGGACAGGAGUAACGACUGGUAUCCUUCUGAUCUUCCGUCGCAUGCAAACAUGGGCCUCUAUCCUCCGCAACAUCAAAGCAGCACUUAUCCAAUGGCUCAGCAACAACAGCAACACUUUACGUCGCAUCCUGCGUGGACCUCGUCAGUCUCGUCAGACACCUCAAGUUAUCACUCACCGUACACGCACCAAGAACCAACAUACUCAGUUCCCACUGGUUACGGAGGACAGGGUGGAUUUCCUCCAACACCCUACUACGGUGGUCCGCAGGGAUACCCUUCAGAACCUGUUCCUACGUGGCCGCCGUAUGAUAAUCCGGGAAGUUUUGGGAGGUAUAAUUGAUGCUUGACAGUCCUGGGAGGUGAGGAAUUUGAACUGAACGCAUCCCACUCAACCUGCGCAGAUGUAUGUAGAUUGAG